UUCAAAUUGCUCAAAGGAAAAAACAAUAACAAACAUUUCCAAGAAUUUCCAAAUUUCGCCAUAAAUUAAAAUUAUUUUGCUAACUUCAUUCAAUAUUUGUAUUUAAAAAAUAAGUCAUGCCAAUUGCAGUUUUAAAAACUAUUCGCGAGGUCAGCAGUGAAGAUAAGAUUCAUUCAGCUUCAAAUCUGCUGCGGCAUGAAGCGUCAAAAAAAUGGAAGACUGGAGAACCAGGAGAAAAAACCUCCUACGUUAUCAUAGAAAUGGAAUCAGAGUAUGUUAUCAAAGGAAUCGACAUUGGCAAUGAGUCUUCGGCAUUCGUCGAGGUCCUUGUUGGUGGUGCAACAUGUGCGCGGGAAAAGUUUAAGGAAAUCCUGAUAACGUGUUCCUUCAUGACACCAAUUGAAAGUAAAAUGUGUUCGAUGCCAAAUCGAGUGCGAUGCUUUGGUCGUGAGGCACUCGUUGAAGAAAUAGCUUCGCAGAAAUGGAAACUUCUGAAGAUAGUCUGCUCCCAACCUUUCAACAAGGACAUAAACUAUGGACUUUCUUUUAUUAAAGUUCACGUCGAGGAACCUCUAAAGGAAAAAACUGACAAUAAAACAAAUACGUCGUUGUUCAAUCGUCCUUUCGGUAGUUUUAGCCUACGAGAGGACUCCCCAGAUUCCGAGUCCGAAAGUACAACAGCUUUGUUCAAUCGAUGGAAGGUAUCAAAAAACAAACAAUUAAACAGUAUUUCUUCUGUUCCUCGAAUUCCUAGUCCAGCAGCACUCAAGAAAACCAACCAAAGUCCAAUUGUAAGAAAAACCACCAGUGUUGCGACUCCAUCGUCAAAAAGAGAUCCUCCCGCGGAGUCUCCUGUCAUUAUUGACCGAAAUAGAAAUUCUCUCCUUUUCACAGACGAGGAUGAGGAAGAAUCAGUUCAAGAAAAACGAAAGAAAAAAUUAGAAAAACUCGAAAGAGCAAUUGCCGCUGAUCAGGAACGUGUUACAAAGGAAACUGAAAAAGCCAAGAAAUCCAAGAAUCUCAAUAGUUCAAAAACCGAAACGAAGCGUGAAGAUAAACCGAAAAAGUCUGAAGCUAAUACCUCGUACUCCGAAAAGGAAAAAUCAAGUAGAAGUCCAAAAUCAGCCAAGAAACAAAAUAGUCCCUCAACUUCGACAGGACAGAGACGACCAUCGUCGUCACCGUGCGUCAGUGACAAGGCGAAAAAACCGAAGUUGGACAAGCCUGUUCAGUAUAAGCCAUUCAACCAGCUACUCAAUGGAGUUGUCUUGGUCAUAAGUGGUAUUCAGAAUCCUGACCGUGCAGACUUAAGGAACAAAGCACUGGCUCUUGGAGCUAAGUACAAAGGUGAUUGGGAUUCGAGUUCCACCCAUUUGAUUUGUGCCUUUAAAAACACUCCAAAGUACAACCAAGUCAAAGGGGUGGGGAAAAUAGUGACCCGAAGCUGGAUCGAAGAUUGUUAUAGUAAAAAAAGAAAGAUACCUUGGCGUCGUUAUGCGCUAGAUAGCGAUGAAAUAUUGAAAGCGGAAAGUGAUGAUGAAAUCCUAGACGAAUCAUUAAAGCCUCAUGAACCAGGUGAAUCAGACGAGAAGCGAAAAAAUUCCAAUGAUAGUGACGAUGAAGUACUGACAAUAUAUGACGAAAUGGAUACCAACAACUCACAGUGUAUAUCAUCUGGCAGUGACACAGAAGAUGAGAUUCAAAAAGUUCUUGCCAAAAAGUCUCCACAGAAAAAACCUACCCAAACGAACAGUUCUGAUGUUUUUGAACUAAGCACCGAAGAGGAGGAUUAUGUUGCCAAGAGAAAACUUACUCAAACUUCUCGCGAUAAGACAAAGUUUUUUGACAAAAUGAAAUUUUUCAUAAGCGAUCAAUUGAGUGCGACGAUUAAAAUAAAAAUAGAACAAUAUAUUGAAACAUUUGACGGUAUAUUGACUUCAUCGAUAGAGGUCGCUGAUUAUUUGAUAGCAAACAAUCCCAUUGCGGAUGUUGGAGAGUUUAAAGGUCAAACAGUGACGCCUCUUUGGAUAUUAGAAUGCUACGAUUUAGAAUGCCUGAUACCAACAAAACGUUAUUUGGUUAAAUGAUAAUUAUUGCUAAAAAUUGGUUUUGUUUUUAUGUUGAUGAGAAAAAUGCUAAGUUAAAUACAAUAAUUAUUUUAUAUGCA